AUGGUGAGCAUCCAGCUGAUAGCCAACAGCUCUUCGAAAAAGCUCGUUGACGAUUCCGCAAGAAUCGUCAAUAAUGCCUAUUACCCAGGAUACGGCGUACUGAACGAAUACCACAUAUCGAAUCAGAAGAUUCAAGAGCGUUCCUUACCACGCCCUCGUCAGAGCAACUGGAAGCUGGAGCACUCCCCACUCUACCCCCUACAUAGCACCCAUGAAGAAGCGCUUGCUGAGUUGCGCGCUUUCCAUGCAAGACUCGAGACUGCACAUUCUGUCAUGAGGGUAGACUCCGCCGCAACACCUCUAACAAUCGCGGUCACGCCUCCAUCUUCCGCACGCUGUGCCAGGAAAAUCAUUACACUACUCUUCGGCUCUGACUGGUUUCUCCUAAAUCUAGACUCGGAAGCCGGCAAAACGGCGGAAAAUCACUUGAAGGAGCUAGGCGUCCAUGUCGUAUACAAUCUCCUGUUUAUCUGUACAAGGGCGCGUAGAAGAAAAAGCAACUAG